AUGCCCGACUUUGUGGAUUCAGUUUUCGACCUUUCUAACAUAGUUUUCCAACAAUCGAAGAACUUGAUAGCGGGGUCCUGUGAUCAUAUGAGAGCCAUUUGGAUUAACAAUACACCACCUCCUACGCCGACCCACCACUCGAUCAUUGAUACAUCCAUUAGUCAAUUCUCACGCCUAGAUCUCAAAACAGUCUUCCUUGCUACAGUGCUUGGAGGGAUAGGAACUUACAGGUACCUACACCAUUCAAAAACCCAGCGCAGGGCACGGAUGCUCCCAAAUGGAAGGAGAUUUGAAGCUGUCUUGAUUGUUGGAUCUCCUACGUCAAUAGUCGUUCAAAAGCUUGUCAACGAUCUCAAUAGACGGGGAUAUAUUGUAUAUGUCACAGUGACGAAUGAGCUAGAAGUCAAAGCUAUCGAGAGUGAACGCGAUGCAGAUAUAAAGCCCCUGCUGUUGAAUUAUGAUUCCGCUUUGACUAUUAGAACGAGUUUGCUGCGACUGGCCUCUAUUCUUGAGACCCCCGAGCUUAGUCAUAUUGGAGAUGAAUCUAACUCCUAUUUUCUUCAUUUCAAGGGAGCUUUGAUUAUCGCUGAUUAUUUCAAAUAUCCCAAAUACUCAAAGCUUGUUGAAAUAGAGCCCCGUGAUUUCAAUGCAAUGAUUCAAAACCAGUUCUUGAAGAUAAAUGCUCUUCUCCAAAAUGGAUUGAUUUCAGCUCUUCAAGAGAGUAACAACAGAAGAAAUGAGAUUGAGAAAUUUAACGGUGUGAAUAUUUCAAAUUGCCCUUCCAAACUUGUAUUCGUUAACUUCUUACCCAUAUCCACUAAAGAGAAGAGGCGUCUGUUUUUGGAUUUUACUUUGGAUAUCAACAACUUGCUUUUCGAAUAUACUUAUAAAGAGAACCGCAAGAAAUAUUCCGGCAUAUCUUCUAUUCUUUCCAGCAAGAACUCUGAUUACAUCAACAUAGCGAAGCUUCAAGUCAAUUUUCAUCAGGAUGAAGAAUCUAAACUGCUGUCCAGUGGCUUCAAUAUACUAACUUUAAGUAAUAUGUUUUCAGGCAUCAGGAACAAAAAACUCACCUCUAGAAAGUUUCAUCAUCAGGUGUUCGAUCUUUUGAAUUCAAAUGCUUUGAAGAAAGUAUACACCAUUAGUGCUUGA